GGCGGGGGAGGGAGGGGGGAAGUAUCACGGCCCCAGAGGGAAACUGAGGCAGCACGAGGGUGGCCCCACAGCUUGCCGUCAUAGGGACAUCACCUUUGGGGAUGGGGGGGGGGGUCCCCAAAGUGAUUCAGGGUGCCGGGGGCCGGAUCCUGAGCGGCGGGCGGUAGCCGCAGCGCUGGCCACAGAGCUAGUGGGACGCCCUGGCACCCUGCCUGCGCCCGGUCACGCGAGCGGGGAGGGGAAAGGGGAGGGUGCUGGGGGGGGGGACGGGGACACGGGGACACGGCCCCUCCACCCCUGUCCCUGUGUCCCCACAGAGCCGGAGCUGGGUGCCACCAUGGUGGUUACGUUGGGGUACUGGGACAUUCGCGGGCUGGCCCACGCCAUCCGCAUGCUGCUGGAGUACACGGAGACCCCCUACCAGGAGCGACAGUACUGCCCCGGCCCAGCCCCUGACUUCGACCCGAGCGACUGGACCAGUGAGAAGCAGAAAUUGGGCCUCGACUUCCCCAAUCUGCCCUAUCUCAUCGACGGCCCCACCAAGCUGACGCAGAGCAAUGCCAUCCUGCGCUACAUCGCCCGCAAGCACAAGAUGUGCGGUGAGACGGAGGAGGAGCUGCUGCGCGUGGACAUGCUGGAGAACCAGAUCAUGGAUUUGCGCAUGAGCUUCAUCCGGCUGUGCUACAACCCCGACUUCGAAAAGCUGAAGCCGGCGUACCUGGAGCAACUCCCCGGGAAGCUGCGGGAGCUGUCGCGGUUCCUGGGCUCCCAGCCGUGGUUUGCGGGGCAGAAGCUCACCUUCGUGGACUUUGUGGCGUACGACGUGCUGGACCAGCACCGCAUGUUCGUCCCCGAGUGCCCCGAGCUGCAGGGCAACCUGGGGCAGUUCCUGCGGCGCUUCGAGGCGCUGGAGAAGAUCUCUGCUUACAUGCAGUCGGGGCGCUUCAUGAAGACCCCCAUUUUCUGGCGCACGGCCCAGUGGUGCAACACCAAGGAGAGUUUUAGUUCCCCUCUUAUCUCAAGGACAAGAGGUACCAGAGAUGGCCCGUCCAGUUUUUCUUUCACUCCAUUGCAAAGGAGUUACCGUCCUUUGAUGGAGGCCGUCUGCUCGCCCACGCCAUCCGCCUGCUCCUGGAGUACACCGAGACGCCCUACGAGGACAAGCUCUACAGCUGCGGGGAAGCUCCUGACUACGACAAGAGCCAAUGGAUCAACGAGAAGGAGAAGCUGGGGCUGGACUUCCCCAACCUCCCUUACUUCAUCGACGGCCCCACCAAGCUGACGCAGAGCAACGCCAUCAUGCGCUACAUCGCCCGCAAGCACAAGAUGUGCGGUGAGACGGAGGAGGAGAUCCUCCGUGUAGACAUGCUGGAAAACCAGAUCAUGGAUUUCCGCAUGAGCCUGGUGAUGGUUUGCUACAACCCUGACUUC